AUGGUGACUAGACUCGCUACUGCUCCAAAUCGUAUGCUUGGGUCAUUCUACAAUUACUUAUUCGGCGCCAGACAGGCUGCCUCGCCCAAAGCUCGCCAAUACGCCACCAACAACGUGGCGCUUCCUUCCGAUGCUACGGCCUUGUUCCAUCCUCGCUUGAAUACCAUCUUCCAACAAUUGGAUGCCAUCGCGCCCAGGUUUGCAACAAAGGGCUCCAACAUCGAGAUUUUGACUUCUCCUCAGGACUUUUAUGAUACUUUGAAGAGUAAAAUAUUGGCGGCUUCUUCCAAGGUUUUCCUUAGCUCUUUGUACGUGGGAAAGGGCCAGGUUGAGCUCGUGGAAACACUUUCCGAAGCGUUGGCGAAAAAUGAAAACUUGAAAGUUUACAUCUUAACCGACGCCCUCCGUGGUACCAGAGAGGCUCCAAAUCAUCCUUCUUCGGCUUCUUUACUUGUGACUCUUGUUGAAAAGUAUGGAAAGCAUAGAGUUGACAUUAGGAUGUAUCACACGCCGCAUUUGAGCGGCUUUAAGAAGAACUUGGCUCCUAAGCGUGUCAAUGAGAGUUUUGGCCUUCAGCAUAUGAAACUUUACGGUUUCGACGACGAGAUUAUGCUUUCCGGCGCUAACUUGUCCCAAGACUACUUUACUGACCGCCAGGACCGUUACUACUUGUUCAAAGACGCCGCCAUCACCGACUACUACUUUAAGAUUCAUAAAGCCGUGUCUAGCCUCUCAUACCAGCUUUUGACCACUGCAAAGCCUCAUAAGCACCAGACUUUCCGUUUAUCAUGGCCGACAUCGAACAAAUCCUGUGAACCUGACAUGAACUUCCAGCGCUUCAUUUCCGACUCUUCGCAUUUGCUUGAACCAUUGUUAAAACAGCAUCAACUUGGCUCUUUCGAAGAAUAUUCCGAUACUAACGACUUUGAUACAAUUGUCUAUCCUGUCUCGCAAUUCACUCCUUUAUUCCCAUCCCACAAUGAUGCAUCCACGGAAAAACCAGCUGUUCUUCGCCUCUUGUCCUACUUAGAUUCAUCAAAGAUCAAGUGGUGGUUUACUGCUGGCUACUUCAAUAUGCUUCCCCAGAUUCAAGACAGAUUGUGCAAUGGUACCGCUUCUGGUACUGUCAUCACCGCUUCUGCCAAGGCCAAUUCAUUCUACAAGUCUCCUGGUGUUUCCUACUACAUUCCUGAAGCUUACUUGUUGAUCGCAAAGAAGUUCUUGGAGGAACUCAGGCGCAGAGGCAAGGAGAAUCUUAUCAAAUUGUAUGAAUGGCAAAACGGUGUGGUGAACACUCCAGGUGGCUGGUCUUAUCACGCCAAAGGUUUAUGGAUAACUGUACCAGAAGAAGAAGAGCCCUCCAUUACCGUUGUUGGCUCGUCCAACUUCACCAAGCGUGCUUACUCUUUGGACUUGGAGAGCAAUGCAAUCAUUAUUACAAAAGAUCAGGAUUUGAAACAUCGCAUGCGUUCGGAAAUCGAUAACUUGAUGACAUAUGCGCAUCGUUUAGAGCUCGAUGAUUUUGAUCCUAAGCUUCAGCAGCCUAAGGAGAAACAAGAAGAACGCAUUGACGCCCAGGGUAACCCUGUUACUCCGCUUGAAGUCUACGCCAUUGGUGAGGACAGAAAGAUCAGCUACGGUGUUCAUUUAGCAUUGAAAUUCUUUGGUGGUAAACUAUGA